AUGGCUGUUGCUGCUUAUGCUUCCCUUGUUUCUCUUACUCAUGUCCUUGACGACAUUCAUUACCGUGCUGAGCUUUGUCGCCUUCAUGUCAGCAUAAACCAUAUCGAAACUUUUCAGCAAAGUGUAAAUUUCUUGCUGGAAUUUGUUGAAGUUCAUUCAAGAGUAGAAGGCCAAAAGAUCGAUGGUCUGUGGAGGCAAAUAUCUAAGGUUGCCUUCGAAGCAGAAGAAAUAUUUGAUUUACAUGUAGUGAAUCAAAUUCAGCUCCGAUCCGAGGGAGUAAAAUCUGAUCUGGGAUCUUCAGCUUUCAACGAAGAUAUCGAGCGAUUGAUCCAAAAGAUUUUCUCCAUCAAAGAAGAGCUGUUGGUAGAGGAAUCCUUAAUGCAGGACGUCCAAUCUGGGAAACAACCAAAAGUUUCUGAGCAUGGUGGUACUUCGAUGGCUACCUCAGAAGAUAUGCUCACUGGAAGACAGCCCAUCAAUUCUUUAAGCAGGGGAGCUUCGUUUGCUACUCCAGCCAUCAGCAAGAAUACAAUUGUGGGAUUAGAUAAACAUGUCGAAGUGAUUGUGGAUUUGCUGACAAGAGAUGAACCUGCACUCCAAAUCAUCCCUAUUGUAGGGAUGGGUGGUAUUGGUAAAACUACUCUAGCUAAAGCUGUUUUUGAUAGCCAAUGUAUUGUCGAUCACUUUGAUAGACUUGUUUGGCUUACAAUAUCGCAAGAGUAUACUGUCGAGAAUAUUCUAGAAGGUCUCUUAAAUGAUGGGAAAGCUAGAACACGUCAAGGAGCCUGUGAUGAGUUAAGGGAGGAUUUGUACAAAGAAUUAUUUGACAGACGGUAUUUGAUUGUUUUGGAUGAUGUGUGGAGUGAGCAGACUUGGAAUGAUUUCAGAAUGUGCUUUCCUAAUAACAAUAAUAGAAGCCGGGUUUUGAUGACUACAAGGCUCGAGAAUUUGGCUGGCUGUUUGAGCCCUCACUACUCUUAUUCGAUGACAUUCUUAGAUGAGAAUAAAAGCUGGAAUUUAUUUUGUAGGACAAUCUUUGGGAAAGAAGAUUUCCCAAACCCAGAAUUAGAGGAAAUUGCAAGAAAGAUUGUCAAAAGUUGUAAGGGACUUCCUUUAGAAAUUAUUGUUAUUGGAGGACUUCUUGCAAAGUCCGACAUGUCUAGAGAAUAUUGGAAGUCUGUCGCGGACAAUGUCAGCUCCCACGCUAAUUUAGAAGAUGGGGAACAUUGCUUGAAUGUGUUGGCUUUAAGUUACAACAAUUUGUCAAUCCAGCUCAAGCCGUGUUUCCUCUUUAUGAGCUCUUAUCCUGAAGAUUGUGAAAUUGAUGUCGACGAACUCAUUGGGAAGUGGAUUGCUAGUGGAUUCAUAAGAGCUGUGAAUGAGAAAAGCUUGGAUGACAUUGCUAUGGAUAAUAUCAAAGAACUCCGUUCUAGGAACCUAAUUCUUGUCUGCUCAGUCCUGUGGAGUGGUGAGAUAAAAAGUUGCAGUAUUCAUGAUUUGGUACGAGACCUAUGCCGGAAAGAAUUCGACAAGGAGAAGUUUAUUUCAUCUCCAAAGGUGCAAGAAGUGAAAUAUUCUAAUUAUUUUGAAAGACAAGGCGAGGGACCGACGUGCUUUAUUUGUGGUUGUCAUUAUACAACCUGCGACGAACAUAUGAUAGAUUUUUCAAAUGUUGCUCUCUGUGGUGAUUGUCGAAUGUUGUAUAUGCACGUCUCAAGGGCAAGACUGGUGAGUAUAUUGAGUAGUGGCUAUGAUCAAUUACAUUUGGUGAAUGUUUUUGUUUCCACUCAAGUCAGGUAUGCAAUUGGUUCGAGUCGAGAGUGGGGUGUUUGGACCAAUUCAUGGUCGAAACCUGUAUUGUCUGAAUUACACUUACUUUGGCAUCUUCAGAUGUUAAAACUACACUCAUAUCCCUUGCAAAGUCGAGUAGUUUUCCCCGAUGAAAUCUGGGAGAUGACACAACUCAGACAUAUUGAGGUCUAUUACAAUCGAGCUAUUCUCCCCGAUCCUCAUGUUGAGGGAGAAGGCUUCAUUAUUCUCAAAAGGCUCCAGAGCCUUUCCGGAAUAUGGAAUUUUAAGUGCACAAAGAAUGUCUUGGACAGAAUUCCGGAUUUAAAGUCACUGAAAAUCAGUUAUGAUUCUGACUAUGAAGCAAGUAUUGGAAGCUCAGACAACCAUUCUCUUUGUAAUCUUAUCCAACUCCAGAAUCUUCGGUCAUUGAAAAUAGAUCGUCUUCCGGAGAACAUUGCCUUUCCAAGCUCUCUUAAAGUGUUGCAUCUGACAGAAAGCAUAUGCAAUAUUCCUUGGAGUGGUAUGUCGAUCAUUGGCUCAUUACCCAAUCUUGAGAAACUUAAAUUGGUUUAUGCCACAGAAGGGUCCGAAUGGCAUCCAGGAGAGGGUGAAUUUCUUCGAUUGAAAAACUUGUACAUUCGAUGCAAGAAUUUAGUGCAAUGGCAAGCUGCUGAGGACAACUUCCCUGCUCUUGAGUUGCUUAAACUUCACUUUGUUCCUUCAUUGAAAGAAAUCCCUUUAUGCAUUGGAGAUAUUUCGACAUUACGUAGUGUUGAAUUGAGAGAAUGCAGUAAAUCUGCUAAUAAUUCGGCAUUCGAAAUUUGGAAGGAACAACAGGACAUGGGAAAUGAGACCCUUGAGAUUUUUGUCGAUCACCUCCUAGUCAGUGAUUUACAUGCAGGGUACUCUAAGUGGCUUAAACUUCAGUAUGUGUGA